AUGAGGAUCUGUUCUAGUCUGCUAUGCGGGCGCACAGAGAAGCUGGAGUUAGGCAGCAACAGCGGGGCCGGGGCUGCGCUAGCACUAGCCCUAGUCCGGCCCCCCUCCGCGCCCCGCACACCCUGCCAACUCAGCCUCACGGCGCCUGAAGCUGCUGCUUUCGCUGUCAGGCUUAUAGAUGUUAAGGAGAAGGUUCUUAUUAAAGAAAAUAUUAGAAAAGUAGAGGGGAAGAUUAGGAAAAAGUGCCCCUUUGACAGCGAGAUGGUGGGACCCGUGCGAAGCGGGGCCAGGCCGCUAGUUUUAGUAUAG